CUCCCUUUUAUUUAAAUAGUUCUGACAGAAUAACAUCAUCAUCCUUUCAGGAAGUAAACUCUGCAAAGUCAAGUAGAUCCCUCAUGUUUUACCAAUAGAAGACAAGGGUACAACAUCAACCCUGUUACCAUGAUUUGAAACUCCUCGCAGACUUGAAGACAUACCAGUGGACUUCCCAAAAAUUACAUGAAGUUGCUUCCAAUCGUAACCAUGAGACCAGGUGAGAGACUGGGAGCAGAAGGGUUAUUCCGCCUCCCUCCCGUCCUGGCCGCACCCCAUCAUCCCCUCCGCCCCAACAGCCCUGACCCGCUUAGAUGGCUAUAAAAGAGACGGUGACUCUUGCGCAUCUCAACAUCACCUGCGCUCCCAUCCUGAAGAAGAAAAACCAGACAAAGAAAAGAAGAACAAUGCGUUCACUACUGAAGAUCACCGUUCUGCUCUUUUGUGUCCAAGCCGGAGAAGGAUACUGGCUUAGAACGCUACUAGACACAAAUCUCCGUGAUGAAGAACGAAGAGGAGGUGAUGGUGAGGAAAAGGAGGGUUCGGGGAGGCAGUUGGAAAGGGCAAUUCGGUUGCCCCGCAGCGUUGAGUCCCCAUGCGCUCUGCACUCCAUCCUGCUGCAGGUGCGAGACCUCGGUCUGGGCUACGACUCCGAUGAGACGGUGCUGUUUAAGUACUGCAGCGGGACCUGCCCUCGCCUUGCCUCCAAUCAUGACCUCACGCUUACCAACCUCCUGCAAAGCGGCGUCCUUCAGUACACCGGCCAUUGGCACCAUCAGCCCUGCUGUCGCCCCACGCACCAUGAAGACAUAGCUUUUCUCGACAACCAACAUCGCUGGCAUAAAGUGGAGAAACUCUCCGCCGCUGCCUGCGUCUGUAUGGGGUAGAGCAGCCGAAAUCUGGCUACAUAAAGACUGUCUGGUGGUUUAGAGACUGUACAAAGUGCCUUGAAGUAAAAUGAGGGUUGUUUAAGGUACGUUAAUUCAGGAAGUAAUAAUAUGUAUGUAUUGAAACGUAUCAAAAUGUAUAUGUCGCUAUGACAUUGGCUGUUGUGUUUGAGAAUGUCAAAACGUUCAGUUUUGGUUAAUGAUGACACAGUGACGUGUUUGAGUGGCCGAUUCUGAAUCGAGAUUGAUCUGAUGAAUUGUCCAUCUGAACAAAAAUGGAAGAUAUUUAUGUGUUUAUAAAUUAUUUAUUUAUUUGAAAACCAUUUUUGCUACCCAAUAAAUUAUUGUUAAUCUUUA